GAAGAAUAGAGUCUCAGGAGUUAAAAGGCGGUGUUUUAGAACCCUUUCUUCACUUUCAUUUUGGUCCUGAUCGAGUAGUGCUGGACAAUGAGUCUUACGAGUCUUCUUCACGUUCUCUUGGUGGGGCUUAGCUGCUUUGCCAUUGCCGUUUCAGCAGUUCCUGGUGACUGCUCGUUCGAUUUUGACCUGUGUGGUUACCAACAGGAUCCCAACGAUAACUUUGAUUGGAGAUUUAUGACCGGAAGUACUGCUAGUCCUUCUACAGGGCCGCAAAGUGACCACACGACUGGAAGAGGAUGGUAUAUCUAUAUUGAGACAUCAAGUCCUCGUUUAAACAAAGAAGAAGCACGUCUGAUAAGUCCUCCAAUCUCGAAUACCAACGGCAAUUGCCUGGCAUUUUACUACAGCAUGUACGGGCUGAAUGUACGAACACUCAACGUCUACACCCAAGAAAGCAGUGGUUCAAGAACAUUAAGGUGGUCGCUGACAGGAGACAGGGGAUCGCAUCAUUGGCGUUUCGCUAAGUUAGCGCUGCCUUCUUCUCGCUCGAAUCUUAGGAUCGUAUUCGAGGGUUUAUCGGGCACAGGAUUCAGGGGAGACAUAGCUAUCGAUGAUGUUAAAGUAUACAACGCUCCCAACUGUGCUGUCGUACCUCAAGGUGCCACUCCUCAACCAAAUCCACAACCAACUCAGCCUCCAUCACCACCUUCUGUUCCAUCGUGUGGUAUCAAACCACAAGGUACGAGGAUUGUUGGUGGUUAUGAAGCAGCCAAAGGGGCAUGGCCAUGGCAAGCAAUGCUGUUGUACCAGACAGCGUCAGGCAGCUGGAAGCAGUUUUGCGGUGGGACCCUGAUUACUCCUGAAUGGGUGGUGACGGCCUCUCAUUGCGUUAAUGAUGUCCGUAAUGUGGAAGUCCCAUAUCACAGAAUAAGGAUGGGCGCGCACUAUCUCAGAAAGAUAACAGGCACAGAACAAGACUUUGACAUCGAGCGCAUCUACAUGCACCCUGACUACAAUCGCUACCCAUCACAACACGACAAUGAUAUCGCCCUUAUCAAGCUCAAAAGACCUGCAAUGCUGAACAAAUGGACCCAACCUGCUUGUCUGCCUACUGAUUCAGUGCAGUUUGCGCCUGGUAAGGCCUGUUAUAUCUCUGGAUGGGGUCACUUGAAGUCUGGAGGAGAUUCACCGAAUGCACUACACCAGGCAAAGGUUCCUCUUAUAACCAAGGCUGAAUGUACCAAGCCCGGCUCGUACGAYGCCAACAAGAUCACAGACAAGAUGCAGUGUGCAGGAUAUCCCGGUCAGGGGGGCGUCGACACAUGUCAGGGGGAUUCGGGGGGUCCUCUUGUCUGCGAGAACAAUGGCAAAUGGUAUCUAGUCGGCGUUACCAGCUGGGGUUACGCAUGCGCAGACCCAAGAUACCCAGGUGUUUAUGCUAAGGUAUCCAAUCUGAAGAGCUGGGUACAUCACGUGAUCGCCUACCCAAAUGCCCAUUGAGAGAGACUCAUGGAGUAUGUUGAGUUUUUUGAUUUAGAAAUAGUAUGAUUUCAUGUACGAUGAUCAAAGAAAUAAAUAAAAUAAUACACGUAAAAAAAAAAA